UAUAUUAUUAUUAUUAUUAUUAUUUUUCCUUUGCGUUAAUCCUCAUGUGCCGCUGCUGCUCAGAGGCAGGUCUUAAAGGAUGCUUGAACCUCUGUGAAAGAGAGGGAGAAGCAGAGAGGAGAGGGUGGAGGAGGGGGUAGGUCAGGUGACCUGUCAGUGCUCUCCAUAUUGGGUGCCUCUACUGUAUAUGAUGCACAUUGACAGAGGAGAGGAGAUGAUUGCUGGGGAGUGUGAUGAAGUCAUCUGUGCUGUAGGGGACCACUUGCCUUGUGACAUUUGGCGCCACUAAUUGCCUCUGAUUAAUUACGCUGCCUGUGAUGGUGCAAAGUGUAGUGGGGAGAUCUCCUGCUGUGCUGUGAACUCCUGCUGCCGCCUUCUUUUCUUUUUCUGAGCCAACGAUCACCAUGACAGUGGAGAGAGUUGCCUGUUGGACACGAUGACAGCCGACAAGGAGAGGAGAAGGGCCAUUAGUCGCGAGGCGGCCAAAAAGAGACGGCAAGUGGAGUCUGAUGUGUUUGGAGAUCUGUCUCGCCUGCUGCCCGUCCAACCGUCUGUCCAAGCAAACCUGGACAAGCCGUCCAUCAUUCGUCUCACCAUCAGCUACAUACGCAUGCACACGCUGUUCAAAGUGAACACUGGGACUAACGCCGAGACCAGUCACGGGGCCUCAAAAUACGGACGGCCCCUGGGCAAAGGAGAGGAACCACAAGUGUGUGACGGAGGAUGGGGCCAUGCGGAGAAAGAGGAGACAAAUAUGUAUCUGAGCAUCCUGGAUGGGUUUCUGAUGGUCCUGUCCACUGGGGGGGACGUCAUCUACCUGUCUGACAACGUCAACAAAUACAUGGGCUUGACACAGACUGAGUUGAUGGGACACAAUAUCUUUGACUUCGCUCAUCCCUGUGACCUGGAAGAAAUCAGAAACAAUCUGCGUCUAAUGGCAGAGGACGUCUGGAGCGAUGCAAAGAGGGACUUUGUCAUGAGGAUUAAAAGCGGCCUGACAAACAGAGGAAGAAGUAGCCACCUUAAAACAGCCACGUGGAAGGUUCUGCACUGUCGGGGCCGGCUGAAUGUCUGUGCCUCUCCCUCCUCGGCCUCCUGUCUGCUGCUGACCUGCCGACCUCUGCCCCUCUCACACACACUCCUCAGCACACACACCUUCACCAGCCAGCACAGCAUGGACAUGCGGUUCACAUACUGUGACCAGAGAGUGACUUUGCUGUUAGGCUACAGUCCUGAGGAGCUGCUGGGCCGUUCCAUCUACGACCUCUGUCACAUGCUGGACACAAACUGUCUGACACAGAAUCAUCUGAACUUGUGUUGGAAGAGUCAGUCAGUCAGCAGUCAGUACAGGAUGCUGGUGAGAGGUGGAGGUUAUGUUUGGGUGGAGAGUCACAGCGCCGUCAUCCCCUCGGUGCGACCCUCCAAGUCUAGACGCAGCUCCCACCAGCCACUGAGCAUCCUCUGUGUUACCUACGUCCUCAGUGGAGUGGAGGAGCCGUCCCUGCAGCUGUCUGUGGACCAGACUGUCAACAGAUAGCUGACACUGGAGUAACAGAAAUAGUUUGAUUACCUUUCAUCCGGUAACCUCUUCUACCUUCUUCUGUGAAUACCUGCCAGUGGUUUUUGAUCAAACUAAAUUUUAUUACAAUUAAAACUUUCUACUUCACAAUGACUCAUUGUUUUCUCCAAUAUUGCUAAGAAUAGUUUUUGAUGUGUAAUAUUUGGAUAUAGCU